AUGUAUUCAGCACCUAGAGAUGCGCUGGAGUUUCCAGAGUCGGAUAGGGGCUUCUUAGAGCCUCAUCUGCCGCCUCAGGAUGACUCAGCACCUCAAUCUGAUCUCCCCUUCACAACGCUCACAUUCGCGACCUCGCUUGACUCGUCUCUCGCUCUGUCCCCUGGUGCACGAACGGUACUCUCAGGCCCCCAGUCCAAGGCAAUGACACAUUAUCUGCGAUCCCGCCAUGAUGGAAUUAUCAUUGGCGUUGGUACGGCGGUGGCAGAUGAUCCCGGUCUUAACUGUCGAAUCUCAGGAGUCGGAGGUUAUGGCAAGGAGGGUCUGGACGGCCAGCCUAGACCGGUCGUGAUUGAUCCAACAGCCAGAUGGGAAUUCUCAGGUGAUAGCAAGCUGUUCCAACUUUGUAGAGAGGGGCGUGGCCGUGCCCCAUGGAUCAUCACUGCAGUUGAGAAACUGGACCCCGAAAAGCAAGCAUUGCUGGAAAGGUACGGCGGAAGAUUUAUCCCAGUCAAAAUGAUCAGACUGCAUACCGGUGGACAUCAAAUUGACUGGCGGGACUUGCUCGUCACUCUGAAAUCGAAUGGUCUCGGAAGUGUCAUGGUAGAGGGUGGUGGCCACGUCAUCAAAUCCCUUCUGAGCCCACAUUAUAUGUCUUUGCUGAAUAGCGUCAUUGUGACUAUUGCUCCCACCUGGCUAGGUGAAGGUGGCGUGGUCGUUUCCCCUGCCAGGCGUUUUGAUGAGAGUGGAAAUGCCAUCUCCGCAGCGAGAUUGAAGAAUGUCAAAUGGUACCCAUUUGGGGAAGAUGUCGUCCUCUGUGGGCAGGUCAAGCUCUCUGAAUAA